GAAGAAGAUGACAAUGAAGAAUUGUUAGUCUUUGGAUACGCUUGCAAAAUAUUCCCACCUGACGAUCAUGCUAAAAAUAUUGCUCGGCUGAAUCAUCUCAUCCCUUGGAACGGAGAUGAAAACUUACAGCUGAUGAUUGACAGGUGACUGCAGACUAUUCCAGUUUUUUAUGCUGGUUGAUGCUGACAUGCCAUCAUAUUGACAAGCUUAUUGUGUAGUCUAUUAGCCUUAGGGGAAAAAAUAAAAAUUCAAAUAAGAAUUCACUUCAAAUAAACUACUUAUGUUUUUUUAAUCGAAGAAUCUGUAGAAUAAAAAUUCACUGAAAAAAAUUUGGAUUGAUGAUUACAAAUUGUUUGGAUGUUUCCUGAACUGCAAAUUUUUUUUGAGGUGUUAGAUUUAUUUGGUUUCUACUGCUGACAAAUCUAGGGUAUUAUAUGAAACUAAACUGGUUUGGAAGCAACUAAAUUUUGAUUUCAGUGAGCACAUUUAAGCAUGUAUUGUAAUGAAUUCUACAAUCAGAAUAAGUUAUCGAUUAGUUAAAUUUAAUAAAACUAUACAAGGAAGCAGCAUAUGUACCGGUGAGUGAAAUCUCAAGAUCAAAUAAGAAGAAUUUUUGAAGCUACUAUCGAGAAAUUAGUAGUAAUUAAUGUUCUUACUAAUGCAUUUGUAUUGUGUCAUUUACUUAACUUUUCCAAGUUUCUGUUUUUAUCUCAGAGUCAGAAUAUCGAAUGAGACAACGAAUAAAAGAUAUAAAUUUGUCAUCGAGUGAAGUACAGGAAAUUUAUGAACGAAUAGAUAUGACGGAAGAGCAUCAUUGCAUGAUCUUUCAGAAUUUGAUGUAGAUUCUUGGAAUAUUCAUUAUGAAAAAUCUGAGGAGGAUGCAAGGAUUGAACAACUGUGUGAUCAAGAGAGAUACAUGGCAUUAUAUACUGAUAUUGCAGAAGAGAAGAUCAGACAUGAGGAAGAAUUGAAGAGACUCCAUGCAUCCAUUGCAGGAGAAGAGACUUCAAGUUUUAAGGAAGUUGGAUUUAACUAUGAUUCACAACAAGCACCCAUUGCUCCCAAAGCAGAAAAUCCUGCAGUUCAAGAAAAAGCAGAAGUGGAAGACGAACAUGAAGAAAAACCAUUUAUGGCACCUUCAGCUCUUGCUGUUCCAUCAGACAUGGAAAUUCCCCCCACUGUAAAAAUGCAUGCAAUCAUCGAAAAAACGGCGAACUUUGUCAGCAAUCAAGGUGCACAAAUGGAAAUAGUACUGAAGGCGAAACAAGCAAAUAAUUCUCAGUUUCUGUUUUUGAAUUAUGAUCAUUAUUUGAAUCCAUACUAUAAAAAUAUGGUGAAAAGAAUAAAAGAAGGUAAAUAUCGACCGGGUAUGAAAGAUGAACAUGAUAAAAAAGAGAUUGAAGAAGAGGAAUCUGAAUCAGAUAGCGAUAAUGAAGGGGGAUAUCUCCAUCCAAGUUUAUUUGCAAGUUCAAGUGCGGCGAAUAAAAAAAGGGAAGAAGAAAAUAAAGAGAAAUUUAAGGCAAUACAAAAAGUUGAUCCAAAUCAUCCAUUGGCAAAGUUAAUUGAGAAAGGAAGAAAAGCAAAUGCAUUGAAACAAUAUACUAUGAUGAAGAAUGCUGUUCAAAACUAUAACCCAGGUGCUGAAGAUGCUUUGGAACCUCCACCCUUGCCUCAGUUUUUGGAAAAUGAAGACAGUCGUUCUUCAAGUACUACGAGUAGUCCUGUGCCAACUCAAGAACAUGACGCAAUACACCACAGUAUGACACCGCAGGAAGCAGCAAUGGUUAUUGUUCCACCACCUCCAGAUAUACAACCUAUGGUUGACAGUAUAGCUAAACAAAUUGCAGAGGAAGGGGAUGCUGUGGAAUUGAGACUGAAAUCACAGAACGAUCCAAUGUUAGCAUUUCUACUUCCAUCUCACGAACUUCAUCCUUACUACACAUUUCGUAAAACUUACAUCAGAGAACAAAUCAAAGCUCAACAGAGAUUAUUACUUCAACAACAGCAAACUGCUGCUGAGAAAACCGUUGAUGAAUCAGCACAGGUGAAGUCUGCACCAAUCAGUUUCUCAAUUAAAGUCAAGAAAGAAAAUUCAUCAAAACCAACGAUGAUUCAGAACAGAUUACAAGCACUAGGUGGAGAUGAUGAAGAUGAAUUGGAAGAAGGGGAUGACAAAGGAAAUAAUGAAGAAAAUAGGGAAGCUGGAAAAGAAAAUGAAAAUAAAGAAAACGAAAAUGAAAACAGUACAACGAAUGAAGAAACCACAUUGGCAAUAUUGACGGCAAAAAGAAAGUUUGUUGAAGAACCUGAUGAUUCUGUAGUUGAUGUAGCACCCGAUAUUAUCGCAGAUGACAAGAUAACUGAGAAGCGACCUCGAAGGAAAUUCACCCUAACUCCUCAGCCUCUACCGUCUAAUUUCACUGUUGUAACUCCAACAGGUGAAAGAGUAUCAAUCACAGAAUUUCGCGAAAAACAAGCGGAAAGACGACAGAAAGCAUCUAUGUUUUUGCAGAAGAAAAACCAGGAUUCUGCUGAAGAAUUACCAGUUGUUUCAUCUUCAGCAAAAGUAACGAAUGAUAUUUUUGAUAUAUUUGAAGAUGAUGAUCCAAGUAUCAGUAGUAAUACUGUAACAACUACUGACACUGCUACAACAAGUAUACCUAUUAACGCAGACAACGCCAAAAAAUCAGCAGAACCUGAUUGGGAAGCAGAAGUUUCUAAGGAACCAUCAGCUCGAAUAUCUCCUGCCAAAUCAAUAUCAUCAUCUUCAUCGCGAUCACCUACCAUGGAUAGAAAAUCAUCACCAGCAUUAGAACCUGCAACUGUUCCCACAACUCUGAAAGAUUUGAUUGCAGCUGCAUCACGUUCAAGUACACCAUCACACAAGAAUAAGAAAAAUAAAAAGAGGCAUAGAUCACGUAGCAGAUCAAGAAGUACAUCAAAGUCAAAAUCAAGGUCACGACAUUCUUCACCGAGAGAUUAUUCUGGGAAGCGAUGGUCAAGAUCAAGAAGUAGAGAUAGAGAUUAUCUCCCAUCAUCAUACAGAAGAGUUCUUGGGUCUUCCAGAGACAAUGAGACAAGUUAUAGAUAUAGCAGCCAGCAUAGUAGAUACAACAAAGAUAUUGAUGAUGUACCAAGUGCUUACAAGAUAGAAAAUCCACAACCUUCAUCAUAUGGUAACGGGAAUUCUUCAAGACGUGACAGAGAAAUAUCGCCUUAUUAUAAAAGUCGUAAACGGUACAGACAAGAAUUAGAAAAUGAGGAAGGCAAGAAAAAGCGAAGGUCAAGAAAAUCACCUUCUCAUAAAUCAUCGAAAAAGAAGAAAAGUUCAUCAAAAUCUAAAAAGAAACAUAAAAAGAAGAAAUCAAAGAGUAAGAAAAAGAAAGAAAGAGAAACCAGUAGUGAGGAAGGGGAAUAUGGGUCUAAUAGCGAUGAUGAUAAUGAUAGUUCUGAUGAAAGUGACAAUGUUAGCAAGGUUUAUGUUGUUGAGACGAAACCAGUAGUUGACAAAGAAGAGGGAGAAUUGUCACCUCAACAAGAUAAAGAGUUACUUAACGUGCCAGCUUCAUCAUGAUAUACCUUUGACGAACAUCAGACUGGUUCGAAGGGAAAAGCUUUCUUGACCCCAAACAAAGUAUGCUUAUUGAAGUUGAAAGCAUUUGGAAUGAUGAAACUUCCCAAGUUUAUUUAGUUUCAGUGAGGCAGUGAUUUGACAGGUUGUUGUGUUAAAGAUAGCAGUGCAAGGAAUUGGGGGAAAUUCUCAUAGUUUGGUGAAUUAUGUGGUUAAUGCCAAGUAUGGGCUAUAGAUGGGGUAUAUUUCUUGUGUACUUGUUCCACCACGAAAAAUGUAUUUAAAAAAAUUAGUUCUGGUCAGUAAAACUUGAAUAAAUCUCCCAAAGAUCCCUAACAAAUUUUUAUAACACAAUAUCUUCACCCUUUAAUCAAAUUUAUUCAUGGUAUUACUGAAUACGAUAUUUUAAUUUUUUUCUAAAAGUAGGUUUAAUUUAUAGGAGUUAGGUCAAAUAAGUAUGGUCUAUAAUUCUUUAAUGAACACUGAUUGUUCAUCCACAUCACAAAGCAUUAGGUUAGGCGUUUUGAGUGGAAAUAUUGGUAUUUCCUUACUACAGCCAGUCUGUCGCAAAUAAAUUUUACUUAUUCGUUGGGUGACACUAAAAUAUUCAGUAAUGUGAUACGCAAUAUUAUGCUACCACGUCCGCAUGUACUGUAAUUUAUGAAUGUUUUUCUUGAACGCUUGAGCAUACCAUGUCUUGUUGUUUCACACAAAAAAAUGCAUUUCUGCAGUAUUAUCUCUGCUAUCAUGUCAAAACCCAUACAGGAUAAGUUAUCAGGUAUAGGAUUUCUUCGAUGAUCUUUUACAAAUAAGAAUCUAAUGUUAAAGUUUUUUCUUUUUUCGAAUUGUAACUGACUAUAUAAUUUUGAUCAAUAGUAGAAUGACUGGAGGAUUAUAAAUUAAUAGGCCAUAUUGGUCUGACAUCACUCUUGGUGGCGUUAAUAUUUGUUUUGUAUGAUUUGUUCGACUUUUUGAGUUAAUACAACACCGCUCACAUA